AUCUCCGUAUGUUCCCCGUGGAGACAGCUCCGAGGACGAGGUCGGCGGUGGAAUUGGGAGCGACCUUACUCGUUCAAUCACCGCCCCCUCCUUUAUUACGCGCGAUCCCAGCCACGAUGAUCUCCUGGGUUCAGUCUCUAGCCUCCCACAAGGUCAACAGCGAGAAAGUGACUCAGGAGGACUUACAGUGAUCAACAUCAAGCACGCCCUAAGUGAGACAUUCGUGGAAUCCCGCACCGAGGAUUCUAACAUAUCUUCCAUCCAUAUUGGAGGCGAAGAAGAAGGAAAUCUAGAAGACGACAUUGAGGAAGGGCCGUUUACAAUAACCUUUAAGAAUGUUUCUGAAGCCCAGCCAGAAUACAGUCCUAAGGUAGACCUAGAACCAGAGUCAGAGGACCAUGAGGUCUUAGGAGUUCUUCAGGACGACGGCACCCCAGGUACUUUUGAGCUCUCCAGCAGUACUCCUGUGAACCUUCAGCAGCAGUCAUCAUUAAGAUUAGUUAGGUUUGCAGAGUCUAAAGGGAGAAGUGAACACAGUGAAUCUUCUGACUCCAGUGCCGAAAGAAGUAGCUCCUUACUUGUCGAGUGCGAUUCUGACAGACAUUCCGUUAGUGACGUUUUAUCGGAUGAUUUAAAUCCGCCGAGUGCUAGGUUGGUGAUCGCUCACAUCACGGACGUUGAGAAUGUUGUACAGAGGCGUUCUCUGACGGCUUCCAAAUCCUUCGACGAGACAUCGCGCAUCACGACUCCGUACAUUGAAAGACAAUACAGUGAGAUCAUUCCUGACUCUAUAUAUUUGGCUCAAGAGCAUUUGAUCCCACCUGGAAAAACUGAACCUAAUAGAUAUAAACAACCUUACGGUGGAAGUAGUUCGGCAACAGGUGAAGCAAAUAGGAUCGUUAAAAGUGAAUCUAAUUCCGUUUGUAUAUCCAGUCGUUUAUCUCCUAGUGAAGAAUUAGUAAAAACUAGGCAACUUCCACCUAAUGAAUUUGACAGUGUACAGCAUUCUCUUUUAAGUAGUGAAAUAGACACAAGACUAUCAGUUUCAGGUACAAUAUAUGUUAAAAAGUUAUCACCGGAAAGUAAUCACGCACCAUCUAUCACCACCACCACAACAACUACUAGAGCGGCAUCGACCGUAGGAGCGACAGUAACCACAACAUUAUCCUCGACAGUAUCAACGUUGUCUACCUCGGCUAAAACAAACAUGACGGUCACACAGGGCAUCACAGUAGCAGCCUCUGAGGGCCGCUCUGCCUCCUCUAGCCCCAUGUUGGAUGGUAAACACUGGGGUCCCGAACGCACAGUUGAGGUGCGUCGGGAUGAGAAGAACUCUCUGGGAAUAUCCAUCGUUGGGGGGAAGGUGGAUCUUAGUUGGUCUGGCUCUUCUGUGACGGGAAUCUUCAUCAAGAAUGUGCUUCCUGACUCUCCUGCAGGGAAGGGCGGCCACUUGAAGACUGGUGACCGCAUCUUAGAAGUGGAGGGGAUUGAUCUCCGAGGAGCAACUCACGAAAAGGCUGUGGAAGUCAUCAAGAAGACCGGCAACCCCGUCACCUUUGUUGUUCAGAGCCUUGUUCAGUGGACGCCAGCAAAUUCAGCCCCUGGUUCUCGUGAUGUGAGCCGACUGGGCACCAGAUACCCCACCUCUAUUACUCCUGCAAGAACACCAACUCCAGAACUCAUCCAGGCCAGCACUCCACUCAGCGAAGGGAGCUCCCACCAGCAGCCGAACCAGCACUUUGGAAGACACCAUCCCCCGGACCCGAGAGUUUCCUUCCCAGUGGCUCCGCCGAUACCCGAGACCUCGACUCCAAUUCACGAGUCGUAUCCGGAGCCUGUGAGAUUUGUGCCAGAAUCACCCAUAUCAGAACCAGAGGAUCCAGAUCCGCUGGUAAACCCGUAUUAUUAUUACGCUCGUGCUGCCUUAGCUCACUGGCACGUGCGUGCACAAAGAACUCAGGAACACCAGCAAAUUACUGAGGGUGAUGGAAAUAAUAGUGAUCAGGAAAAUAGUACAAGCAGUAGUAGUGAAAGUAGUACAGCAAGUCGAAGAUUUCUACAUCUUAGAAAUUUUCAUCCAAAUUACGGUGUUCAGUUAACAAGACCAAACGGAAGCAAGUUGGACACUCCUCCUUCAGAUGCUCCCUUAAUGGAUACUCCUCCCUCUGAUGCACCUGCGAUGGAUGAAUCACCUAUUGAAGAACCCCAGCUGCAGGAGUAUAGUCAAGUUGAUGUAGAACAGAGUGAAAGUACAGUUACUGAUGCACCGUGUGAACCUUCUCUUAUUGAAUGUGAACAAAAUGAAACUACUGAAAUUCUACUACAGAUAGCAGAUAUAGUGCAUAAUAACUCUAUACAAAGUGAACCUUUGCAAAAUGACCCUCAGAUUAUUUUUCCUCGGUUUCAUAACCUUCCCUAUAAUAACAACAUUCAAAGUAACCUUUCAACGACAAGAAUUAUGCUAGACGAUUCCCCGCUAGAUCCAUCCCUGGAUGACCCACCUGUAGGCGCGUACACUUAUGAUUGGCGAAUGGACCCACACCUAUAUCAAGGCUGGUGGUGUGUGGGAGGAUCAGUCAGCGAACAUUUAGCAGCUCAAGUACCCACGCAACCAGUCUCCCCUUACGACAGCCCUGCUCAUUCACCCACUGCUAGUUCGCCCACCAUCGAACAGCCGGGCCUGCCAGAUCACAAGAAGCAAGAGAUCCAGGCUAGCUUACACAAGCCCCUCCAGCGCAGGCAAACGACCGAAGAUUCUGACGAUGGCAUUGAUGAUGUACAUUAUGAACAAGGUCGUAUUGAUACCAAGGCGGGAGUGGAGAUUGAUCGUGCUAGUGCUGGCGCAGUCAGACGCGGCAAGGCGGAGAGACAGGCGGACACCGAGCAGGAGGACGAGUUCGGCUACACCACAAUUUAA